UUGGGCAGUCGGAAGUUAGUCGCCAGCAGGGAUGGAAGUACUGUUGGGCCGUUGGAGGUGAACGGCCAGCAGUGAUGGUUGUUAGAUGUGAGAAGUUAGCAUUGAUGGAGUGUAGAGGUCUGAAGUGUUAGCGUAGGCUACCGAUCUGUACAUGUUCGACAUGGAUAUUGAGUAUUAUUCAUGAUUAUGUACCUUUGUACUAGAUGUCAACGGCGAUUUAUGUUUGUGUCUCAACUGGAUGUCACAUUAUUAAGAUGCAGUAUAUUUUCCUGAUGGUUACAGUGGCAGUGCUGGCUGCAGAAUCAGAUGCAGCCCGCAUUCUGGGUCUGUUCAGUUAUCCAGGAAAGAGUCACUUUCUAAUGUUCGAGGAGGUAAUGAAGGCUCUCGCUGCCAGGGGCCACGAGGUGUUCGUCUACAGCCACUUCCCUCAAGCUAAGCCCUUGCCAAACUACACAGACGUGAGCCUAGUCGGCUCCCUGCCUUCUGUAGUGAAUGCAAUUCCUAUCGACGAAGUGUUUGGUAGAGACGAUCCCUCAGUCACAUUUGGAUUAGUCAUAGGUUUCAUUGAAGAGGCAUGUGAAAAACUACUUCAGUUUCCCGCAAUGCAGAAGCUUAUGAAAACACAUGAAAAAUACGAUCUCAUCUUUACCGAACCCUUUAGCACUGACUGCCUGUUACCAUUUGUGUACAAGUUUCAAGCGCCCAACAUUGCACUUCUGUCAUCUGCCGUUAUGCCUUGGACUCCAGAUCGCUUUGGUUUACCAGAUAAUCCAUCCUAUAUACCAACUCAGUUUUUACGGGUUAGUGACCACAUGAGCUUCUUUGAGCGUCUCAGAAAUUUGUGGUAUACGAUUUACAGCAAAUGGUUUUUUAUUGAAUACCUGGACAAACCAACAAAUACGGUAGUCAAGAAAUACUUCGGUGAUUCACUCCCUCCUCUACAGGAAAUCGCUAAAAAUACUAGUAUGCUUUUCAUCAAUACGCAUCCAGCAUUGAAUCCUCCACGACCGCUUGUACCUGCUGUUGUGGAGGUAGGAGGGAUUCAUAUCAAACCAGCGAAGAAGCUUCCAAAGGACAUCCAGGAGUUCAUUGACGGGGCAGAACAUGGAGUGAUUUUCUUCACAUUUGGUUCGACAGUCACUGCAAAGGAUUUGAGUGAAAAUAAGCGGAAGGCCAUACUGGAAGCCUUUGCAGAACUGCCCCAACGAGUGCUGUGGAAGUGGGAGACUGACGAACUGCCAGGAAAACCACCCAACGUGAUGGUGCGCAAAUGGCUGCCCCAGUUUGACAUUCUGAGUCACCCUAAAACGCGGGUGUUUAUCACUCACGGAGGUUUGAUGGGAACAAUAGAAGCUGUUUACAGCGGUGUACCUAUGUUAGGCAUCCCACUGUUUGGGGACCAGCCUACUAACGUAAUGAUGUGUGUAAGAAGGGGCAUCGCACGAAUGCUCCCCUUUCCGGAAAUAUCUAAGGAACUACUGUUGCAGAACAUACGAGAGCUGAUUAACGACUCCGGGUACAAGCAGAGGAUUGUGGAGCUGUCGGAGGCGUACAAGGACAGGCCCAUGAGUCCCCAUGAAGCCGUCGUCUACUGGUCGGAAUACGUCAUCCGGCACAAGGGAGCCAGGCACCUGCGCUCUGCCGCCGUCGAUCUGCAGUGGUACCAACUGCUGCUGCUGGACGUCCUGGCCGUCGUACUCGUCGGCAUCGCUGCAGUCGUUGCCAUGGUAGUUGUUCUUCUGCGGCUAUUCUUGCGAAAGAUUGGUCUGCUGAGAAAGGCGUCACCAGUGGAACAGCCAUCUCUGAAGACCAAGAAAAAGGAGCAAUAGUGACGCUAAUAGUUGUUACUACGAAAAGAAAGCUGUGCGUUGGAAAACUGGCUGUUCUGCCAUGCUAUUGGAAUUCAGUAACUGAAAGCGACUUGUUGACACAGAAAACGACAACGCAGUACGUCAAAAGCCAGAACUGUUAUCUUUAACAGUAGUCAAGUAAAUAAAAUGUGCGCUGGUCCCGGCGGAGGUUCGAGCCCUCCCUCGGGCAUGGGUGUGUGCGUGUGCGUGUGUGUGUGUGCGUGUGUGUGGGUGUGUGUGUGUGUGUGUGUGUGUGUGUGUGUGUGUGUGUGUGUGUGUGUGUGUUUGUCCUUAGGAUAAUUUAGGUUAAGUGUGUGUAAGCUUAUGGACUGAUGACCUUAGCAUAUAAGUUCCAUAAGAUUUCAUACACAUUUGAAAUUUUUUUUUAAUGUGCGCAAGUUACUUCCGUAAACACAACAGCACGAAUCGUCAAAAAUAUCCUAAAUCACAGGACACUGGAUGGAAUACAUUCAGUGUUUAAUGCUGAACAUGCUGCAACUGACUAGAACUGUGCUGUAAUCUGGGAGAAGGAAAAUAAAUAGUUCAAAUGGCUCUGAGCACUAUGGUACUCAACUGCUGUGGUCAUCAGUCCCCUAGAACUUAGAACUACUUAAACCUAAGUAAUCUAAGGACAUCACACACAUCCAUGCCCGAGGCAGGAUUCGAACCUGCGACCGUAGCAGUCGCACGGUUCCGGACUGCGCGCCUAGAACCGGGAGACCACCGCGGCCGGCGGAAAAUAAAUGUCAUCUCUAACGUUAGUAGGAGACGGAUGUAACAUCAUGCCUAACUGCGAUGGAUAGCAAAACGCUUGUAUAAUGUCAGAACUAGAAUGACAAGAUUACAUCGUAUCCUACAGGCGACGAUGGACGACAUAAUGAAAUCAUAGUAAUUUUGUGAGAGACAAGCUUUACAGAACAGUACUGGGUGGACAUUUUCCAUGAUGUAUUACAUUAUAAUUACUUUAUAGUGUCCAAACAACUGGACUGUGGCGAAUCAUCAGCAACGUGUUCCUGUAUUUGAUAACUUCUCAGAUCUGUGAUGGGGAGCCACUUAAUCGGGAACAGACGCAGCCUCGGAUUCAGUGAUGUCUACUAUGUUAUAACUUCACUGUGACACAUUUCUAUUAGGACUGUCACGAUUGUCGUUGCUGUCUACAUCAAAUAAUUAUGUCUUUAAUCAGUGUAAUGAAUGGAAUACUACGAGGUCUCCCUAGAGGCAAGUGGCGUUAGGUUAAGUUGCAGAACCCUGUAAUACUCAAAAUGUGUGUUGUGAGGAGAGGUGGUUGCGGUUCUGAAUGUGCGUACCACUGAAUGCAAGAUUAGAGUCCUCAUGACCGGAAAACGGACUGAAGCGUCCUAUGCAAUGAUAAUGAAAGGCUAAUGAAACUACUUUCGCAUUUUAGACAUCUCACUAUUAAAUGAAAAUUCAAGCUUAUACAAGACGCUGUUUUUACUUAGCAAAACUCUAAUAGGCUAACAGUGAAUGCAAGUUAAGAGACACUUAUGUCUAAUUGUGAUUCUGAUACCAGUUUGGGACCGCCCUAGGAAAGUUGCUAAUGGUCAAGUGAAGACUACAUCAGAAAGUGCUGGUAAAAAUAUAACUGAGAAGGACAAACACUUUAAAAAUGCAAAAUGCAUCCUGCGAAUCAAUCAGCUAAUUGCGGUCGUCAAUUGAGGAAACGAUUAACUACACAAAGUUAUCAAGUGCCGCGCCCACUGAACCACUCCACAUAGAAGCAUUGGUGGCCGAAGCUCGCCAAAUAAACUUCCAGAACUUGGCAGUGUGACCGAGUGAGGUGGCGCAGUGGUUAACACACUGGCUAGCAUUCGCGAGGAUGAUGGUUCAGGCACGCAUACGGCCAUUCUGAUUUAGGUUUUCAAUGAUUUCCCUAAAUAGCUGCAAGCAAAUGCCGCUAUAGUUCCACUGAAAAGGCACGGCCAAUUUAUUUCCCCAUCCUUCCUUAACCCGAGGUUUUGCUCCAUCUCAAAUGUCUUUGUUGUCGCUGGGACAUUAAACACUGAUCUCCUCCGGCUGAGAGUGAUUGUUAUCAGUGUACUGGCCCCACCUGAUUGUGUACGGCUGAGAAGUGCUGUAAAGACUGUUGCUCAAGGAGCCAGAAGGUAGAGUCCCCUUUUUCUAGUCCCUUAGUUUUUCUCUCCAGUUUUGUAAACGCUCCAAGUCAAGCAACAAUGCUAGUAAUGAUUCUGAGCGCUGGCCAAGUUUACCCAAAAUCUCGACUACUGCUCCAAUGAAAUUUUCAGAUUUCGGCAGAGUAGCAGCACAAGUGAGACUUUUUAUUUAUUUUGUGGGCGGACACAUGGGCAGAAGCGAAACAGACUUUCAAACUGUAUUCCUGAGCAACUUUUAAGGCGCUGUGUUCUGCAGUUCCCAUGGAGGAUUUCUGACUGCCGAUUUCUUGAAGCAUCCUCCAGGGCAUCUCGCCUUGACACACGAGCUCUUAAGCUCCCCGUGUUGUUAUCGUCUGGUAUGAUACAUGGCAAGCCAGACCUGUGGAAGGAUGUGGGGUGGAGCGUCCUCAGUCCCGCAUACUUAAUGCAACAGGUUUAUGACAGUGCCGAAGGCUGUGGGCUUGUGGCCAUCCGCCUUUUCGCUCUCUGCUAGUCUGAUGGGUCAAAAUAUACUGCAUCUCACAAACCGAAGCGAACGGCUAAAUAUAAUUCCUUGCUUGACCAUGGGGACAUUGUGGACUCUAUAUGAAUUAUGGCGAAAAUAUCUUUGUUACUCAUUCAUUAAGUGAAUAGACCUUGUUGUACUAAUUAGAGCAUAAAGUAUGAAUAAAAUUUGUAAGAUGGCGCGACAUUAGUAAUUAAGCUACCUUGCAAUGUCACAAGUUGAGAGGGGCUGGAAGUUACUGGUUUCGGCAAUGCACAUAUAAUACUCUCUAUUUCAUGGUGGAUAUAGCUUUGUCACUAAUUACAAUAUGACUAGCUUGCAUUUGACAUUCUGAUAGCAUCCACACAUAAACAGUACCACAAUAAUAAUAAUACUGCCAUCUGAGGAUUUUAUGCAUUAUUGAACAGGUGGGAAAUAAAAUAGAUUUCAAUAGCAAAAUGCCCUUCUGCUUGCGCUUGACAUACUGCUUUUGGAUAUGUACACUUGCGGUACUGGAAGAUAUGUUGUCGAUCAAGGAAACAAAGUACAAUCGAAUGCCCAAUCGCAGAGUCCACACGUAUUUUAAAGACAUCAUGCAAACAAAAUGGCAUGUAAGCACUAUUGCUGCUGAAUAAUUUCGAUAUAUCGAUAUCUUUACAACAAACAUCGAUUAUAUCGACAGCAUUUUCCGCUGAUAGAUCAAUACAUAGACAUCAAAAUGGCAAUAUCGAGUGUAGACAUUUUUUAUUUUAUAUUAUCUUUUUUCACAAUUUUAGGUAAAUAUUUGAAGUUGUUCUUUUAAAACUAUAGCAGAACAUAAUUUGACAUCACUGUGUGAAUGGCUCUUUCUACUUUUUGAGUAUUCAUCACGUCGAAACUUUCCCCCCGAUUGUAUGAAGCAUGUAAGUGUGUCACAAAAGAAGAAGUCCAGUUGCAUAGGGAAUGGCGGUUCCGAUGUGAAGAAACAGCACACCAGCUGCGUUAAAAAACAAUUUUUAACGCUACUAAUGUGUAGUUUCUUCACAUUGGCAUUCUUCAAAACUGGAAACGAUGAACAGAAAUCUAAGUGACAAGAUUGGUCUUUACGGUGUGAGGGGUGCUGAUGUAAUCGGAGCUAGGCGCUACCAACAGAAACUGCUACGUUUAGCUUUACCACGCAAUUUUGACACUACAACUGCUAGGUCGCCAGCGUUGGCAGAAGUAAACAAAAAAAAAAAAAAAAACAGAGAAGUUGACAUGAAGUGUUCCGGACAAAUACGAUAUGAGACGAAAGCGAACGAUGGAUCAAUCGGACACCUUUUAUUGUGCCACUUACAUGCAGUUACCAUUGUUAGCAAAGAGAUUAGCAAUAAGUUUGAACGUGCAUCGUUUUACUUUCAGUUCUUCCUCUAAUUGGGCCAGGCAGCCUGCUAGAAUGUUGAUGUACAGCGUAUCUAAUAGUAAAUCAAUGCUUAAAUUUACAGCUCUGUUUUUUAGGCAAGUACAUCGAUAUCUAUCCUUCUAAAUAUCGAUAUCUUCUCCGUCUGUUUAUCGAUAUGUCGAAUGUGCAUAAGCUAUUUUUUUGAAUAUCGAUGUAUUGAAUCCCCAAUAUUUUUAAAAAUAUCAAUAGUCCUAGUCUGCACACACCGAACUGCAUAGUACAUUUUACACUUUACAACUCAUAUGAAAAUGAUGUAACAUUUCGAGAAACCCAGUAAACCCACUAUAGUCUCGAACAAAUGUAGCGUUCCAUUUAUUACACAUUGGAAAAUAGUAAGUAACUUAUUAAAAAGUAUAUCAUUCAAAAGAAUGUAGAUGAGAAACAGAUCUUUCUAAUGCUAAGCAAUUACGUCAAAAACAUUAUCAGUAUUUGUGUGGUGUGUAUCGCAUUUCUCUGUAAUUUUUAUUAGAGUGACUGAAUUAUUGUUCUCAAGUGGCGUAUUUAUAAACAAUUAAAUAUGUAUCAGUACUUCACAGUGAUUGCGUAUUGUAUAACAAUGAUGUGUAUCGACAGCUA